AUGUCGACCUCGCAAGGGCUCCUAUCAUUGCCGAACGAUAUAUUGAUCUUGCUGCCCGAGUUCUUGCACCAUGUUGAAGACUAUAUGAACCUGUCUUCGUCUUGUCAAAGGCUAAGACAAUGCAUGCAGAAUGCUUCAUCUAACACUGUCCUCCGCCUGGCGGCAGCACAAAGCAAGAUCUUCUUUCGACCAUCGCCACAUUCCCUUGUGGCCGCCACAGCACGAGAGCUUGGCACCUGGGCGCGGGCAUCCAAAGAGAACGAGAAUGAACUGGCCGAGAAGUGCUUGGAUGGUAUUGAUGGACUCCUCGAGCUGGCAAUCGAGCACUGCGGCCUUACCAUGGACCGCAUUCGCCAACUCCAGCAAAUGCGCUUCGACCUCUUCAACCCAAUCACCGACAUCGUCGACAAAUGCGUCGGUAACCAAUGGUACGCAACACCCAACUUUUGGAACGGCGGCGUGGACGAUGCAUAUACCAUUCAAGCAGAACCAUCGGCAACUCUCUUUCAUCUUGCUAUCUAUGGCGAACUGUUUGCGCCCGACUUUGACGCCGUCCUCAACCAAGACAACACCUUCCGGAAGCUCAGCGUGGACACUAGGCUGGAAUUCAUCAAGUACUGUCUCCCGGACUUUGCGUGCGAACUGAACGGGCAUAUCAGCUCAGCCAGGCUUCCCGACGGAACCACAGAUCCCAGGCGAGCUGUCAAGCAAGUCGGUCCCUACGCUAUGAACGAAGACGGCUUUACCAGUGCUCAUCAUCCAAACAAUAACCUUGCUUUGACAUGGCUGAUCCGUUCUACUCGGUGGCGACCGCAUGGGAAGGAAGCUCGAGCUCUAGCAGGUAAGGACUUCCAGGAUGACUUUGAUGAUGGCUGGUGGUACGUCGAAGAUAGCGAUCAAGAUUGGCGUCAGCGAAUGUAUGAGUCUAUCAUGCUUUGUCAAGGGUUGCAAGGGCUUGAGAUGAUGCGACCCGGCUUGCGGGAGAAGUGGGUACCGAAGAUGAAGGAGUGGAAGGAGAAGAUCUCGCGGAGAGAACGAGAGCCGGACGUAGUCAAGGUUGGCAGACGGGCGACGCACAAGUAUCCGUUCUUGCUUGGUGAUCUGCGGAUCUGUGCCAGCGGGUAUGUUGGAGGGUCUUGA